GAGAAAUGGCUGAGCUAAGCACCGAUCUGAUUUUGUGGCUCUGUAUUCUCCUGCCAUCCCUGUAUAUUUUCAAUCUGAUCCGUUUCCGGAAAACCAGUAAGCUCCCACCGGGUCCGGUAGGUUUUCCGGUGGUCGGGUCCCUUUUCGAACUCGGCAGCAUGCCCAAUGAGUCUCUCGCUAGACUCUCUCAGCUGCAUGGUCCGCUCAUGGCGCUGCAGCUCGGAUUCAUCACCACCGUGGUGGUCUCGUCGGCUGAGAUGGCCGAACAGGUGCUCCAUAAGCACGACCAGGCGUUUGCGGGCCGAACCGUCGGAGACGCCGUCAAGGUGUUGGACUACCACCACCACUCGCUGGUGUUUAGUCAGAACGGAGAAAGAUGGAGAGAGUUGAGAAGGAUCUGCAACACCGAGCUGUUCACGCCCAAGAGACUGGACACGUUAACAGGCUUCCGGGAGCAAAAAGUUCAAGCCCUUCUCCGGCAUGUUCACACGGCAUGUGCAGCCGGACGUCUGGUCAAUAUUGCCGAGUGCGCCUUCGGAACAGCCUUAAACUUGGUGGCCAACACCAUCUUUUCACAGGACGUGGUGGAUCUGGAGUCGGAGUCGACCGGAGAGGUCAAGAGCAUUGUGUGGGAGCUUUUAGUACUCGGCGCAAAGCCAAACCUUUCCGACUUCUUCCCGGCGCUCCGGUGGGUCGAUCCUCAAGGUCUGCGGCGUCGAACUAGAACUCUUUUAAAGCGGUUGUAUGGUGUGUUUGACCAAUUGAUCGACAAGCGCAUGGAGUCGGAUGCAGCUGCAAACGGAGGGAAGAAGAAGAAGUAUGGUGAUUUCUUGGAAGUGCUUCUUGAACUCACCAGGAAGCCAAGCUCAGGGUUCACCAGGGAGAAUAUCAGGCCUCUCUUAACGGACUUGUUCAUUGCUGGAAGCGACACACCUUCUGCCACCAUAGAAUGGGCCAUGACCGAACUGCUUCGACACCCAGGCAAGAUGUCCGCAGUUCAGCUCGAGCUGGAACGGGCCAUCGGCACAAAACGUCCCGUGAAGGAGUCUGAUAUCGAGCGGCUCCCUUACCUACAAGCACUGGUGAAGGAGACCCUGCGGCUGCACCCGCCGGUUCCUCUUCUCAUCCCACAUAGAGCAGAUGUAACUACAGAGGUAGCAGGCUUCACCAUCCCUAAGAACACUCAAGUUCUUGUCAAUACGUGGGCCAUCAGCCGUGACCCCGCCUGCUGGGAAAAUGCAACAUCCUUCUUACCAGAGAGAUUUCUAAAUUCUGAUAUAAAUUUCAAAGGAAAGGAUUUCCAUUUCAUCCCUUUCGGCAGCGGAAGGAGGAUCUGCCCCGGCAUGCCCUUAGGGGUCCGCAUGGUUCAUCUGGUGUUGGCUUCUCUGCUUCAUUCAUUUUCAUGGAAGCUCCCUGACGGAAUGGCUCCCGAGCAACUUGAUGUGGGAACCAAGUUUGGCAUAUCAUUGCAGAAAGCUAUACCUCUCAAAGCGUUCCCUUGUCCACGGUCGCUAGAUGGCGUGGAAUAAGUCUUCAUGGAAACGUGUUCUAGAAAAGCUAUUCUAAGUUUUAAAAUGGGGAUGAAA